AAAAGUAUUCAUUUGAAUUUUUAGGUAAAGGUAUUUACCUUGCCGUUAAGUUCGCACCAAUUGACGUCAUGAGCCAAAGAAUGCAUUUGGAACAUCAAUGCUGUUAAACGGUUUUUUUUUUCGUUUUUAUCGUAAGUCCUGAUAUCUGAAGUUCGUUCAUAAAACUUUCGUAUAUUUCUUCGACAAUCUCAGUUACAAAUUACUGUAUUAUACAGUAAUUAACAAGUCGUAAAAAAGCAAGAUUUCGCUUCUUAUCAGGCAUAUAUGUUAUGCAGAUUACCAGAUGGAAAAGACAAAGACAGUUUAGAAACAUGCAACAAUAACCUGAAACUGCAAACGUAAACAUUUAUGUUUUGUAGGUUAAUAAUGGAAAAGCUUUCCACGUAAACAAACAUUUUUUAUUGUUUUUUAUAUAAAAUAUAGACAUGGUGUUGAAAAAAACAAAAGGGUAUCAAGAUAUUGAUGGAAAUUUAACACUGCCAAUAAGCAAAGGACUUGUAGAUCCAGAUACUACAGUGCCACAAGAAAUUGAAAUGGCCUCUGUCUCAGUAGUACCUGAUGAUACGUUUACAGUAACCCAGGCUGUGAACGCGUUAGGGUUUGGCUGGUUUCAAGUAAAACUGUCUCUAUGGACAGGACUUUGUUGGAUGGCCGACAGUAUGGAGAUGACAAUAUUGUCUAUAUUAUCACCCGCAUUACACUGCACUUGGCAUAUUACAAGGUAUCAACAAGCUCUCACUACGACGAUAGUUUUUCUUGGCAUGAUGCUUUCAUCGACGUUUUGGGGCAACCUGAGUGACCGUUAUGGAAGAAAGCAUGCAUUAAGUUUAUGCGCUGUUUUGUUAUUCUACUAUGGACUAUUAAGUUCUAUAGCGCCUAGCUUUAUGUGGAUGCUUUUAUUGAGAGGUCUAGUUGGAUUUGCAAUAGGUUGCACCCCGCAGUCGUAAGUACAUUAUUGUCACAUUAAUUAGGUAGUAUAGGCUUGCAAGGAUUGUAAUUAACGUUUUGAGCUUGCUUUGUUUACUAGAUGUUUUUUUUAUUUUGAAAAUGUUUUUAAUGUUGGUUUGAAAUGGGAAAUAUUUAUGUGCUGAAAUCGAUUCCGAAAAGUUUUUCAAUGAAAGAAUAGUAUAGAAGUAAUAAUCGGAACGGGAUGGGCAAAAUCUGAAGGAGGACAAGACUGCUCGGUCCAAUCGAAAGGUUGUUUUACGGUUGUUUAAGUCUUGCGUUGUCCAUCAAAACAUCGCCUCGUCAGUUCGCUAAUUCUGGUCGGUUUUCGGAUAUGGCAGCUUUAAAUUAAUUCCGAUAAUUGCAAUAUUUGGAAUAUUUGCUGUUGAUGACGGAGAUCAUCUUUACAGUGCCACCCAAUUCACUAAUUCAUUCGGACUAAAAUUUGGUCUUCUAAUAAUAAAACGUCGCUUUUGCUUGAACCAAGUAAGUUUUCGAUGCACUUAUUGAUACGAAAUCAGGAUCUUGUCCUAAGGGCUAAAGCUCUUUAAUGAAGGUUUUCUUUCAUUUCAUUCAUCUUUGUCAAUUGGUCUGAAAGCCAGACUUAAGACUAAAUUUGAAUGUAGCGUCAUCCUGGAAAGGUAGUGAUAUCCAGAUAAGGCUGCAUGUUUAUAUAAAAAAUAAGCAGCUGGAGUAACUCACUACGGAAUGGAACUUCACUAUUUUCUUACUGACUUACAGACGCGAUUUCUGCCGUCGCCUCCACAGCCGUCUUAAUAAAAACCGUGCUAAUAAGUGCUAAUAAAAAUCAAUUAAACCUAUUUAGAAGCAUCAAAUCGUUCAAAAAUUGUGAAUUUAAAUUUUUUGCAAUAUUAGGACGAUUCCAAAGAUUUCAGCAAUUUUUUAAAUGAUAAU